ACCACCGUCUCUGUGUGUGUGUGAAAAACAUAGUGGUUUGUGCUGUUGAGAAACCAAGACCGAUCGAGCGACAGAUUUAACCCAACAUUUAAACCCCUGGUUAGUGGAGCCAGGCGGCGCAGCGCGAGCUCUAGCCGGAGAAAGAGAGAGGCAUCAUGGCGACGGUGUGCCCGGCGCCGAUGCAGGCGACGUCGCACGGCGUGUUCCAGGGGGACAACCCGCUCGACUACUCGCUGCCGCUCGCCAUCCUGCAGAUCUGCCUCGUCGUCGUCGUCACGCGCGGCCUCGCCUACAUCCUCCGCCCGCUCCGGCAGCCGCGGGUCAUCGCCGAGAUCAUCGGAGGUGUGCUGCUGGGCCCGUCGGCGCUGGGCCGGAGCAACAAGUUCUUGAACGCCGUGUUCCCGCACAAGAGCCUGCCGGUGCUGGACACGCUGGCCAACAUCGGCCUGCUCUUCUUCCUCUUCCUCGUCGGCCUGGAGCUCGACAUCGCGGCCAUCCGCCGCACCGGCAAGAAGGCGCUCGCCAUCGCACUCGCCGGCAUCUCCCUCCCGUUCGCGCUCGGCAUUGGAACCUCCUUUGCCUUCCGUGCAACCAUCGUCAAGGGCGCCCCGCAGGCGCCGUUCCUCGUCUUCAUGGGCGUCGCGCUCUCCAUCACCGCCUUCCCAGUGCUCGCCCGCAUCCUCGCCGAGCUCAAGCUCCUCACGACCGACCUCGGACGCAUGGCCAUGUCCGCGGCCGCGGUGAAUGAUGUCGCCGCCUGGAUCUUGUUGGCACUUGCCGUUGCCCUCUCUGGAGAUGGCUCGCCCAUCAUCUCGCUAUGGGUGCUCCUCACUGGCGUCGGCUUCGUCAUCGCCAUUAUCCUUCUCCUCCGGCCGUUGCUGGCGUGGAUGGCGAACCGGUCUCCCGAGGGAGAGCCGGUCAAGGAGGUCUACAUCUGCGCCACCCUCGCCAUUGUCCUCGCCGCUAGCUUCGCCACCGACGCCAUCGGCAUCCAUGCGCUCUUCGGCGCCUUCAUGGUCGGCAUCGUCGUCCCCAAGGACGGGCCCUUCGCCGGCGUGCUGAUCGAGAAGGUAGAGGACCUCAUCUCAGGCCUGUUCCUCCCGCUCUACUUCGUGUCCAGCGGCCUCAAGACAAACGUGGCUACCAUCAGUGGAGCAAAAUCUUGGGGAUUGCUGGUGCUCGUCAUCACGAACGCCUGUAUCGGCAAGAUCGGCGGCACGGUGAUCACGUCGCUGGUGGUGAAGAUUCCGGUCAGGGAGGCGGUCACGCUGGGGUUCCUGAUGAACACAAAGGGCCUCGUGGAGCUCAUCGUCCUCAACAUCGGCAGGGACCGCAAGGUGCUCAACGAUGAGGCGUUUGCCAUCUUGGUUCUCAUGGCGCUCUUCACCACCUUCAUCACGACGCCCAUCGUCAUGGCCAUCUACAAGCCAGCGCGGCCGUCGGCACCGUACAAGCGCCGCACCGUGGAGGGCUCCCCAUCCGACGCUGACAGCGAGCUCCGCGUCCUCGCGUGCUUCCACAGCAACCGCAACGUCCCGACGCUGCUGAACUUGGUCGAGUCGUCGCGCGGCACGAGCCGGCGCCGCCUCGCCAUGUACGCCAUGCACCUGGUGGAGCUCUCGGAGCGGUCGUCGGCGAUCUCCAUGGUGCACCGCACGCGCCGCAACGCUAUGCCCUUCUUCAACAGCGGGGACAAGGAUGGACAGAUGGUGGUGGCCUUCGAGGCGUUCCAGCAGCUGAGCACCGUGAGGGUAAAGCCCAUGACGGCCAUUUCUGACCUCGAGACCAUCCACCGGGACGUGAUCAACAGCGCCGCCGAGAAGCGGGCGGCCAUUGUAAUCAUGCCGUACCACAAGAUGCCCCAGCACGACGGCACGUUCCACUCGCUCGGGUCCCAGUACCACGACAUGAACAAGCGCGUGCUCCGCGGCGCGCCAUGCUCCGUCGCGAUUCUCGUCGACCGCGGCCUCGGCGGCCACUCCCAAGUCGCCGCCAAGAACGUGGCCUUCUCCGUGUCCGUGCUCUUCUUCGGCGGACCCGACGACCGAGAGGCGCUGGCCUACGCCACGCGCAUGGCCGAGCACCCCGGCGUCAACGUAACGCUGACGCGCAUCCGUCCAAGCCGACCGCUCCACGAUGAAGAGUCUGACGAGGUGGUGGUGGAAGCGUUCAAGGCCAAGGUUGACGCCGUGAAGGACGGGUCGGUGAGCUUCGACAACAUUGAGGCGUCCGGCAAGGAGGCGGUGCUGGAGGCAAUCAACUCGUUGUCCAAGUGCAACAUGUUCGUGGUGGGCCGGAUGCCGCCCACGGAGCCGCUGGUGGAGAGGCCCGAGGAGCUGGGCCCCGUGGGGAGCUACCUGGCGUCGCCGGAGUUUAAGACAUCGGCGUCGGUACUGGUCAUCAAGAGGUACGACCCAGCGACGAACCCGGCCAGCAAGAGGUUCGACCCCAAGGCGAGGCCGCCCGUGGCGACCGACGUGGAGGACGACGACGAGGAGAUGAACAGCGGAGGCGGCAGCGCCUCCGUCGUGCCCGUGCAGUGGACGCCGACGCACGACUCCGCCUGAGUGAGCCGGCUUAACAGAGCUUAUCGGCUUGAGCUCGUUCUCGAUCGCCUGCCAUACGUCGUUCGGGCAUGUAUCUGUGCUAAUUUUGUUGCUCUCGUACGUACGUGUGGUAAUGAUGUAAGUGUAUAUAAUUGUUGUGUUGUAAUUGUACUGCAGCUAGCCUUGGAUUUGGAAAAGAGACACAUGCUGCUGCCGUAGUGCGGUACUUCGUGUAAAAACUAUAUGUGC